AAGAGGAAAGAUAGCGAGAGGAUGUGCGAUGCUUUGCCGCGCUCUCUGUGACAGGCGGGGGACCUGCACGGGUGUGCCCUUCCAUGGACGUGUUAUUGAAUUUUUAGGGAGUUGAGUUGGCGCUCUCUCCCUCAGACAACACGGGCGGCGAGUGGUAACGCUACGUCAGCACUCCAACGCCGUGCGCUUUCUUUAGUGCACGCGGAUCGAAAUAACGUGCGACGCAGUGAGUCUGAUUGGUCACACGCCAAGACCUCGAUCGGCACGGUCUGCAAAGAGAGAUAAACCCCGCACUGGCUCGUGAUGACGGAUCUUUGUGGACCAGUCCUCGUUUUCCCGUCAGUGAUGCAACGACAAUGUCCGGAGGAGUUGUAUCGGAAAUAAAUCGGCGACAUCUCUCGAAUGAUAAAGGUGAGAUGGAUAGCUGUCGCUCGAUGUUCUGAUCCCACACAAACUCGUGUGAAUGAGUGUGGCGUAGACGUCCGGAAUUAGCUCUUGCCAAGUGAAAAUUGCCUGUCCCCUUCCUUAUCUGCUUUGUACAUUUGGCCCUCCGUAUGGAGUGUUCUCGUUGGCUGUGAGCUUGGCAUUUUGCUGAAGUGGGAUGCCGUCAGACAGUCCCACAGCACAAGGAACAAGAACGCUGACAAGAAUCUAAAACAGCCCCUUCCGGUCAUCAAUACACCCGGCCUGACCCAUUGGCGUUGACUUGAGAGUCUAGACAACCCCGAUAGAGGGAAAAGAGUAAUUCCAUCCUCUGAGAUCGAAAAACGAACUGGGAGAAAGGACAGAGGGAGAAGAUUUUCAACUGUGCGCCUGUUGCUCAGCCAAUAGCUUAUGAAACCUUACCCCGAAUUGAUAGACUGGUAGUAAUUUGCCAAGCCUGCUUCAAUUCGGCCCAUAGCCUGCAGUACUGGGCUUAUUUUUAUUUCUUACCGUGAAAUUGGCCUGGAGACACCGCAAGUCAUUGAACAAGGAACCUUAUAACCCCGACGCCAAAGAUCGCAGUAGACAGACGUACUCGCGGAGACGGCCGUCUUUGGCGAAAACACUAGUCUUUUUGUUCGUAUGGCUGUAAGACUGUGAUAGACUUAACUGUGAGUAAGACUAGGAUACCUCCUCCCUACGAGGCAAAAUGGUGUCGUUUCAGUACUGCCUUGCAUACAAACUCCUCUUCAACUGUCUUCCUGCCGUCAUCUUCCUUUUUAACACCCGAGAUGUUUUGUCCUCUAAGUUGCAAAGCGUCCGCGUGGCUGUGGUGUCAGACGACGUCACCAAUUUUUCUCUGUUCCACGAACAAGUCCUGACAGCUAUCCACGAGGUUAACUCUACAGAGCCCGGAAUGGCUUUACACCUUGGCCCUGUGGUGUUGUCUUCUCACCCAAACCCGAUGGACGUUUACCGGGAGAUCUGCUGUCAACUUGCCGGUACCGACGUGUCGGCCGUAGUGGUACAUGCAGAUGAGCCAACCCAGUUCAGUCUGUCCGUUGCUGGGGGUUUUCUUGGAGUUCCGGUAAUUGGUCUGAGCAACCGGGCUUUUGCUUUCUCCAACAAGGAAGUACACCCUCUUUUUCUACGUCUCGAUGUCUCAGUAACCAACCAGGCCCAUGUUAUUAAAAGUCUUUUACAACGCAACGCUUGGUUCAACUUCUCCGUCGUAGCCAGUGAAGGGGAAGGGUCAGACGCAUUUGUGCAGAGCCUCCGCGACCAGAUUCAGACGCCCGGAUGGAACAUACGGCAUGAUGUGCGGUUCUCAAGCGGAGAGGCAAGCAGUGGUCGAUUCUUGAGAAACCUCGCCAACGACGAUUCCUAUGUCGUGAUGGUUCUCCAUUGCUCCCCACAAGAAGCACAAAACGUAUUCCGUGCAGCCAGCGAAUUCAAACUCCUGGGCAAAGGUCACGCCCUCAUCGGUACAGAGUCCUUAGCAACCAGUGAUCCCAACAUCCUGAAGGACUAUCCAACAGGUCUCCUGAUUGUCAAACACUAUGACACGGCUCCUCUUAGGGACCACCUUUACGAUGCAUUUACAUUGGUUGCCCGAUCAGCACAGAGGCUUAAGUGGGACGGGGAUACCAGAAAUAUCUCCUGCUGGACUGGGCCAGACAGUAAUCAGCUGGAGUAUGCAAACAACUUCUACAGCACGAUGACUAACACAAGCCUUAAGGGUAAAAUCGGCAAUAUUCUGUUCGACCAAAAUGGCGACCUCCGCGAUUCCUCUUACCACAUCAUGAACCUGAUCGAAAACUCGUCUGGGAUACCUGCCUGGAAAGAAGUUGGGUCUUGGAAGAAGGGGUCAAUGAAUCUGGACACUGUGGUGUGGCCUGGUAACACAAUGGUUAUGCCAGUUGGGGUUGACACUCACAAGCUCAUCAUUGCUACCAACACGGAGAAACCUUUCAUAUUCUACAGUGAGUCUAAUGGCAUCGAGGGUGAGUGUACCACUGGGGUUCAGUGCCUUAUGGCAAAGAGAAACAGUGAUCGUAGAGACCUGGAAAAGGCAUUCGAAGAGUUCCGUCGGAGGCCUGACGGCGGCAACUAUUCGGCUGAUCUGCGCUGCUGCACGGGGCUGUGUGUGGACCUAAUCGAACGCAUGAGCCAAGAUCUAAACUUCAAGUACGAUCUGUACCUAGUGGCAGAUGAAAACCACGGAGCCGUUGAGAAUGGAACUUGGAAUGGGAUGGUGGGGGAUCUGAUUAACAGCAAAGCUGAUGCUGCCAUCUCAUCCUUCAGCAUUACCCGAGAGCGAAGCACUGUCAUUGACUUCACAGCUCCCUUCUUCCACUCCGGCUUCUCUACUUUAGUAGCUAAAAGACAGAGGAAGCAGACGUUGGGUGCCUUCCUCGCACCCCUUCACCCUAAUGUCUGGAUGCUGAUUUUCGCCUCAGCAAUCGUAAUGGCUGUCUGUCUGACUAUCUCUGAGUGGAACAGUCCCUAUGGCUUGCAUCCCCGAGGACGAAAUCGAAACAGCACCUUCAGCUUCCCCUCGGCACUGACCAUCACUUUCGCCAUCCUCUUCUCCAACACAAUUAAGACCAAACCUCCAAAGUGCAUGACGAGUCGGAUGUUGCUCAAUGUCUGGGGAGGUUUUUCCCUCAUCUUCUUUUCGAGCUACACUGCUAACCUGGCUGCCUUUCUUGCCGGUCAAAUGUCGUACCUCAGUAUUGAAGAUAUCAAUGAUCCCAAGUUGAAGAAUCCUACAUCGGAGAUCACUAUCGGAACAGUGACGGGAAGCAGUAUACAAAACUACCUCCGAAGCCUCAAUCCUAACCUAGACGCCUUCAUGGAGAACUACAUACAGCACAGCACGGAACAGGCGAUAGAUAACCUCAAGAACGGUGAAUUGGAUGUGUUCAUCUACGAUUCACCUGUGAUUGAGUACAGGAUGGCCAAUGAUCCACAGUGCAACCUAGUAAGCGUGGGUAAGCCGUUCGGCGAGGAAGGAUAUGGCAUAGGAGUACCCAAAGAAUCACCGUUAAGAGACACAGUCUCGGGGAAGAUUCUUGAAUACGAGUUAGAUGGAAUCCUGGAGGAGCUCCAGCGAAAAUGGUUCGAAUCCACAGGCUGCAUGAAGGAAGACAUACUUGACCCUACCUCUGGAGGCGAGGAUAACACGGUCACUAUAGCACACGUUGGCGGAUUAUUACUACUACUCGUUGCUGGUACAAUUAUAGCCUGUCUGAUAUUGCUUGUCGAAAUAGCCGCACAUAAAUGGUUGGUUCCAUAUCUACGUAAACUACCAAAGCACCGACGUGAUUGUCUUGUGCUCAGUCAGAGACUUCAUCAUGAGAUUAACUCCGACUUCAAGGUUAGGUCUUCCGCAAACAUCCGGGACCUUCUUACCUUGGUUAGGCAGGGAGAAUUUGGCAAGAUGUUACAGAAGGAACAGAGACCGGCUGCUCCUGAGGAAAUCGAAGCAAGGCGAGAUAUCAGACAAGCCGUACAAGCUGGCAUAGCCAGACGGGCACCUCUUUCCAGUUCAAGUAUGCCGUUCCUUCAUUCAUCUGACCAGCUAGAAUACCUAAGAACGAUGGAUGAAUGCAUUGAAGACCGAAAACGACCACGAGGCGGGAGGGAGAAAAACUCUUGGCGCCAUUUGGAUGAUUUUCCAGAUGACACCGAUGAAACAGAAAUGGACAAACUGAUUUUCCGAGGACGUCCAACUCCCGAGCAACAUUCUGAUGCUGCCCUCAAUCACCCAAGUGGUGUCAAACAGUCGAAGACUACCCCUCCAAACGAAACACGCAUUAAUAUGGUGUCUGGAACAUCAACGCAAGGUGGUACAACUGGAAUCGAGCCAUCCCCAGAGGCAGCCCAUACCCUAAAUUGUAACAUCGCUGAAAUGGACAUUGGCGCUUUAUCGGACGCCGAUGGGACAAUCACAUUUCACUGUCACAGAGACAGUUUUGCAUCGGCAACCUACGAGACGGACGAUCUGUUGUCUUUCAUGUCAGACGAACUAGCACAGAGUCAUCUGGGGAGGGCGUGCUUGGCUUCGACAGAAACCGCCGGGGGGACCAUUAGCCAAGGUCAAUCGUCGGCUUCCUCAGACACGGAAGAGCCUUUGCCAAGCGAGGUUCACAUCCUCUCGAGAAAUUCGUCUCUUCCAUCUUAUGAUUCCGCCAUGUUCUAUCCUUCCCUCGUCUGCCCACCCUCCUCGGACAAUACCCCAGAAAAAACAACGAAAUCCUUGACUAAACUCGACUGCUCGUGACCAGUGUUUGGGUGUUUUGACAUCGAAAUGGAACUUAACAUUUCACAUAUACUGGUAAAAAUGUGCAAACACCUGCAUAAAUUGAUAAACCAGAAAUCAUUCCCUCCGACUUCAAGCUCGACGAGAGACACAUUGCUUUAGUGAUUAGCACUUAUAUUUGCUACCAACUUAAGCUUAACAACGUCACUGUACACAGAAUCCUUAGACUGUGAUUAUAAAUAUUGCCGUCUGUCAACUUCUGUUGACAAUAAAGAACACGUCAUUAGUUCCCUUCACAACAGAGCCUGAAAGUGAAAGGUCAUGCAGCAGGCUUCCGGAACCCUGUCAGCCUACGGGGAUUUUACGUGGGGUCGUCCUAUCACGUUCGAUAAACUGUCGGAAUUUUCCCUUUGUCUUCCUCGAGUAAUACGUUUAAAAAUUCACCUGGAGAUGGAUAAAAACGAAUUUUAUCAACGGCCUUUCACUUCUUGCAAUAUCGUUCCCAGGUCUCCUUGUUCAUGCAUGUUUGUUUUCAUUCCCCGUGCUUUCGUUAAAACGAGACUGUAUAACCUCGCAAAGAUUUGCCUCCCAGGAGUAGAUGGGUUCUAGAUUCAAUCGAGUUAACCUGACGCAGUUCUUGCCAGCGAAGGAUAGAUUAAACCUUAGAAUCUGUCGUUGGGGCAGGUUAUUGUUUUAAGUUUAUUUCCUCAUACGUGUAAAUUACAAAAUCCUUAAAAUAUUUUGGUCUGCUGUUAUUUUGGCUUUUUACCGAAAGACUCUUAAGUAUAAAUCCGUAACUGUUGAUCUGCAUACGAGACCACCGCAUUGGACUGUUCAUGCAUUUUAGAUUUUCUGAAGUGAUAGGUUGAUUUUGGCAAUAUAUUUCUUUCGGAGGGGUCAAGUAAUUUUGCAGUUUCUGUAAAGUAAUAUGCUAUCAAAUAUUUUACAAAAUGCCUGUAUACGGCUUUAGUUUACUGAACGAAAAAAUAUUACAAAUUCUAAAAUUUUUGCACGUUAUUUUUCCUAUCCAAGGGUUCCGGAAGUACGCCAUCAGGGGUCAACUUACAAGUGCUAUCUGCAGCAGAUUAUAACAAUAACAAUACAACUGGAAGUGACUUGUUCAGGGUUUGAAUGGGCUGGUAAAAACCAGGGAGGAGUUUCAUGUACAGGUACCGACUUUAUGUUUUCACAUUGCAUUUGUAACUGCGAGAUGCCAGGCAGUUGUAGAACCUGGGAGGGGGCAACAAUUUAACGAGUCUGAGGAUUUCCGAGUCUACUUAAACUUCGGUAGGCCUAUAUUUUCCUGUGUCGUUUGUUUAUACGCUUUUGUGAGGAAAAGAAAGGAAACAACUUUCUAUUUUGAAUGUCGCCUCAUCGGGACCAUCUCUUCAGAUACAUCAGUAGUCGUGGCCCAAGACAACCAUAAAAGGGAACAUGUAUUAAUAAAACGGUGGCUCAAAUAGGCCAGAACGGAACAUACAAACACCAAUUAUUAAAGGGACGCUCUGGGUUAGAAUAGGCCGGUAUUUAGAUCACGCUGGACAGUUGUCAAUUAAGGGCAGAUGAUCUUUAUAAAAAAAUGAAUGUAACUUGUUUAGAUUAGCUACUUUAUCAGUAGCAAUACGUUAUGGAAUCUGCCUCGCCAUGCAAUACGGGCGUUUCACGAUAGUGCACCUCCAAGAGUUUGCAACACGUUGACCAAUCACAGUGAAUGUAACUUGUUUAUCUCCAUUAUAAUGGAGAUCAAUGAGGUCGACAGAUUUCGUGCCUUGUGAUUGGUCAAGCAUGCAAACUCUUAGGAGGCAUAUAUCCUUUUCACUGAUAAAUUCAUAAUUAUACACGCAUGCGCACAAAUGGCCUGGGAGCGUAAGCGAAAACGAAGCCCUACAGGAGUGCGAUUUUAAUUAAUCAUUUUCUCUCCGGUUUUUGUCUUAAGUUCGUUUUUUUCUUCAGAAAAUCCGAUUAAAUCGUUUUGCUAUUAGUUUCCAAUCUAAGCGGGAUUUUUAGUGUUCUGUAAAAGACCUUAAAUCGUGAUUUUUCUUGUGCACACAAGAUUGCCGUAUUGCCAGUCUCCUGUUUCAUAGCCAAAACGAAUGAAUUUAUUUGUGAAUUUAUAAGUAAAAAGGUAUAAUUGUGAAUCGCCCAUUUCUAUUUCGGUCGAUGAUGGCGCUAAUUCACAUGACUGUGAAGCUGUAGACGACUCCUGAAGUAUGCUCUGUGAAAAAAACAUAUGGCCAGCGUGUCGCAGAGUGAGAAUUU